AUGGGCAGUUCUGGGGACAACCGGGGCCUUUGCCUGCAGGCGGCCCCGGCCCCCUGCGCCGAGCGGCCUCCGGGCAGCGGCUGCCCCGGGCUGUCCUCGGCCGCCGCCAAGGCGCCGCAAGCCUCGGCCAUGAAGAGGAGCGACCCGCACCACCCCCAGCACCGGCACCGCGACGGCGGCGAGAGCGGCGGCGCCGCGGCCGAGGCGCUGGUGAGCCCCGACGGCACCGUCAGCGAGGCGCCGCGCACCGUCAAGAAGGUGACGCUGGGUGCCCUUGCACCCCAUUUCUGCACCCCCAGCAUGGACGGGUUCCGGCUGGUGAAGCUCAAUGAAGUCAUCAGGCAGGUGGACAUCGUCAUCACCUGCACAGGCAACAAGAACGUGGUGACCAGGGAACAUCUGGACAGGAUGAAGAACAGCUGCAUUGUCUGCAACAUGGGGCACUCCAACACCGAGAUCGACGUGGCCAGCCUGCGCACGCCCGAGCUCACCUGGGAGCGCGUCAGGUCCCAGGUGGAUCACGUCAUCUGGCCCGACGGCAAGAGGAUCGUGCUGCUGGCAGAGGGCCGCCUGCUGAACCUGAGCUGCUCCACCGUGCCCACCUUCGUCCUGUCCAUCACGGCCACCACCCAGGCCCUGGCUCUGAUAGAGCUGUACAACGCUCCCGAGGGCCGCUACAAGCAGGACGUGUACUUGCUGCCUAAAAAAAUGGACGAGUACGUGGCCAGCCUGCACCUGCCCACGUUCGACGCGCACCUGACGGAGCUGACGGACGAGCAGGCCAAGUACCUGGGGCUCAACAAGAACGGACCUUUCAAACCCAACUACUACAGCCCCAAAUUCCUUCAUGGCUGA